AUGGACCGCGGACACCGGGCCCCGAACGGCCACGCCUGCCGGGCGCUGGUGCAGCGGGGCCCCGCGGCGCCCCCCGGCGGCGGCCUGGACCGCGGACACCGGCCGCUGCCCGCGGGGCCCCCGGGCGCCCUGCCCCUCCUGCUGCUCCCGGGCCCCGUGCCCGGCGCGCGCCCGCCGCCCUGCGCGCCCGGCGCCCCGCAGCCCGGCCUCGGCCUCAAGCGCAACGAGCGCGAGCGGCACCGCGUGCGCUGCGUCAACCAGGGCUUCGCGCGCCUCCGCGGGCACCUGCCGCGCGCGCCGGCCGGGCGGCGCCUCAGCAAAGUGGAGACGCUGCGCGCCGCCGCCCGCUACAUCCGGCACCUGCAGGAGCUGCUGCGCGCCGCGCCCCCGGGGUCCGAGCCCCCGCGCCCCGAGCCCCCGCGCGACGCCCCGCCGGGCCCGGAGCCCGGGGAGUCCGGCCAGUGA